AAAAACAACAACAAAAAUAGGAGAAAAACGUUAACCACGGAAUUAGCUGUGAUUCCGCUACAUUGGCUACCGAAUGGAUAAUGGGUAUUUGUUUAGACACAGAUGCCAGUGCAGCACAGGACACCGGCGAACAAGGCAACGAAUGGAAUCGUACUACUCAAAAUCAGAACAGUGCCAGCGCUGGCGGUGGACGUUUAGUCGGUUCGCCAAAUAUAAACGCUACCGAUAUGCAAAAUGUUGGAAAAAUAAAAUUCGAUCCGCCCAAAGUGCCAGUGAUAUUUGUUUUAGGCGGCCCAGGUAGUGGCAAAGUGACCCACUGCGACACCUUUAUGCAGGAACGCCGUGGGGUGACACACAUCAAUAUGAUGGAUUUGCUGCAACAGUAUGCCAUGGGAAACGAUAUGCAAGACUUUUCACAAUUAUCUUCAAAAACCGUCACCGAAGUUUUAAUGUUAGAAAUGAAAAUGGCUCCAGCUGCCAAAGCCUAUUUAAUCUCAGGAUAUCCGCGAUCGAUGCGAGAUGUUGUCGAAUAUUCAGAGAAGAUUCAAGUAGUCAACGGUGUCAUACUGAUAUCCUGGCGUCAAUCGGUGCUACAAAAACAAAUCGAUUAUGGCGCCAAAUUGGGUCAUGUCGUGCUCUCCUUAGCCAAAAUGGAAUUAGAGAAUUUCUUUAAGAAUGUUAUGCCGGUGGCGGAUUAUUUCGAUCAAAGCGAUAUGUUAAUAGCGGUUAAUGGUGAACGAGCCCCCUCAGAGGUCUACAAAGAUUUCCGUUCGGCUGUGCUUGACAUAUUGAGUUCGCUGGAAAAUCAGGAGGCCAUUCUCAAUGGAGUAACAGGUAUGGGCAGAGGGAUAAAUGAUAUACCGGGCAGUAUAGUUAGCGUAGAUACGGCACCUAGUCAAGCACCACCACAACCACCACAGAAUAUUCCAGGAAAUCUUAAUUAUAACGCUGGUCAAUCACUUUCAACAGUGCCACCAAUACAGCAACAGACGACCACCACUAACCAUCUAAUGGACGAUCGGAAUAUAACAAAUGCUGUAAUAUCGCACAUUGCCUCAAAUGCAGCCCAAGCAGUGGGUUCGGCAGGUCCGGGGGCGGUCACCAGACAACCGAUGUUGACCAAUGCAGCCACCUCGAUGAGCAACGAUAUGAAUGGUAUACCGCCGGUAAUAUGGGUGAUUGGUGGACCGGGUAGCAAUAAGGCUACGCUGUGUAUGAAGGCGGUUGGUUUGAAUCCGGGAUGGGCUCAUUUUAGUGUGGGCCGCCUAUUGCGCAGCAUUACCGAUGCCGCGCCACGUGCCAAUACAGAAAGUUAUGCCGUUAAGGAAGCCUUAGCAGCUGGGGAAAUGGCCCCGGAAAAGGCCAUCAACAGCAUUUUGGAAACAAAUUUGCGUCAAAUGUCGGAUAAGCAGGGCAUAAUUAUUGAUGGGUUCCCCAGGAAUAUGCAGCAGGUUAAAUAUUUUGAGGAUAAGUAUAAACAACGCCCACCCAUAAUUCUCUUGGAUUGUUCGAAAUUACAACUUGGCCGGGGACGGAUUGAUGACACCGUCUCCUCAUUUCGCCGCCGUUUGGAGCUAUUUCGUGAACAAACCUUGCCAAUGCUUAAGGCCAUGGAUAACAGUAAUCGUUUGCAGAUUAUCGAUGGCGACACCGAUAGCCCCUCGGUCCAGCGGGAAUUUGAAAAAUCUAUACGGAAUCAUAUACAAAAUCUUACAGGGGCUACAGCCAAUAAUGUCGGUCAGAUGGGAGGUGGUGGUGGUGGUAUGCCCCUGGCAGGGGGUGUAGCUGCUGGAGGACGCAUGGAUCAACAAACCGAUGCCAUAUUACAGGAUCUAGAAAAUAAUGUGCCUGGUGCAGUGCCAACAAUAAGCCAUCAUGUCAGUCUCAUGAAUGGCCAUUUGAAGAACCGCAACACUAGCGGUCAUCAAUUAGCAAAUAACAACAACAACAAGGGUCCCAACUCAUAUAUGAACGGCGAUAUAGGCCAGACCGGCCAAACCAUGGACUUUCGCCAUAUGCUAGAGGAGGCCGAACGUUAUCCGGUCGAUUCGUAUAUGUAAAAA